AUGGCCUCGCCGAGCCCCGAAAAUGGGGGUGUCGCGCGCAACUUCCCGACCGACCCGACUGAGUUCGAAAGCGACCCGCGCAUUUCCUACUCGAAGCUGGACCAAAAAUACAUUCUGGAGACGGAAGACGGACAGGAAUUUGAGUAUGAUUCUGCAAUCAAGCGAUGGGUUCAUCAGGUCGAUGAAGAGCUACUCCGGCAGCAACAAGAGGCCUACAAGGUCGAUGGCGUGGACGACGAGGAGGCAUUGCACCCCCGGGAUAGGAAGAAACGGAAACAGCAGGCGAGCGGUGACGACGCCGAUGCACAGAAACCCAAGAAGCAGCGUGUAAACACCGCCGUGUUUGUCACGUCAAUCCCUCUCGACGUCGAGUUCGAUGAGAUCCGGGACACCUUCUCGAAAUGCGGUGUCAUUGCCGAAGAAAUUGACAGCGGGCGCCCACGCAUCAAGAUGUAUAACGACGACGACGGAAAGUUCAAGGGCGAGGCGUUGGUGGUCUACUUCCGGCCGGAGUCGGUCAAUCUCGCCAUUCAGAUGCUUGACGAUUCCGAUUUUCGGCUCGGAGUUCCUGGGCCCCAUGGCCCUAUGCGGGUGCAGGCUGCUGAUUUCUCUUUCAAGAGCCAGAAGGAUGCGCCGAAGCAGACCAAUAUGCGGGAUAAGAAGAAGAUUAUCGAACGUACACAGAGGUUGAACAGUAAACUUGCGGAUUGGGAUGACGAUGACCCAUCCACUCUUCCGGACACAACUUCUCGAAUGGAACGGGUCGUCAUUUUGAAGCAUAUGUUUACCUUGCAGGAAUUGGAGGAGGAUGUCGCUGCAAUUCUCGAUAUCAAACAAGAUAUCCGCGAGGAGUGCUCGAAGAUCGGCGAGGUGACCAACGUGGUGCUCUACGAUAAGGAACCCGAGGGUGUGGUCAGCGUCAAAUUUGUAGAUCCCCAAGCCGCCCAGCAGUGCGUCAAAAACAUGGACGGUCGAUACUUUGGCGGCACUCGUGUUGAGGCCUAUGUUUCCGACGGACGCGAGAAGUUUAAGAAGACCAAUGAGCGACGAGCGGCUCUUGAGGAUAUGGCGGAGCGGGGCAUCGAUGCCGAUGACGACGAGGAGAACCAGCGCCUGGACGAGUUCGGGACAUGGCUGGAGAGUUCACGCACGGUUGAAAACACCGCGAAGUAG